AACUGAGCAUCCGAGCGUUCGCGUUUCCCUGUCCGGUGCUCUUCUCUCUCUCUCUCUCUCUCACUUCCACCCCCCCCUCCCCCGCCUCCACCAACCGGGCAAAGCGGGAGGCGGAGGGCGACGCUGCUGCGCGUGGAAGCGCGGCGGAGCAAAAAAAAAAAAAAAGUUUGCAGGAAGCAGCUUCCUUCGACUCGCAACUUCUGCCUUGACAGAUCUCUGGAGAGGAGGAGGAGGCGGAGGAGCAGCAGCGCGCCCCGGGUUCCUGCGCGCGCGAGGGAAAGCUGCCCGGCGGCUCCUCGCGAAGGGAAUCCCCGGUUUUUUUUUCCCAAGCCUGCGUGGUCAUUAAAAGGCUGGAAAACUUUCAAAGAAUCCCCAUUAAUCCUUUUCUAAGAUCAGCGCUGAUACAAAGCUCGACUGAAAGGAGAUAAUUGCAGAACUUGGGGUGUGGCAAAAAUGACUUCCUAUUGUAUCCUUCCAACAUUUGCUUUGAUGAUUGGAUGUUUAGCAUUUCCAGGUCCUGUGCCUAGAAGUGGCUGUCUAUUGUCUCAGGUCAACAGUUCACAUCCAGUCCAAGCCUUGCUAGAAAGUUUUACUGUCUUAUCUGGCUGUGCAAGCAAAGGAACUGCUGGAUUGCCACAAGAAGUUCACAUCCUCAAUGUUAGGAAUGCAGAAGAUUCUGGUCACCAUGAAAGAGAGGUUGUUUUGCAUUUGAAUCCAAUUGCUUCAAUGCAUAUUCAUCAGAAACCAUUGGUUUUCCUCCUGAACUCACCUGUGCCUCUAUCAUGGAAAGUGAAAACAGAAAGACUUGCUUUGGGGAUUCAGAGACUUUUCAUUCUUUCAGCAGGCUCCAUUGUGCAAUUUGAGAAGGAAGGCUUCUCCUUGACAGCAAAGAGAGAAGAGAAACCCCUUCCUCAAGGAAAUAAGCAUCUGUUAGAAUGGGCUGAAAAGGAAUAUGGAGCAGUAACAUCCUUCACCGAAUUUAAAAUAUCCAGAAAUGUUUACAUAAAAGUGGGUGAAGUUCAACUUUUUCCUACAACGUGCAACAUAGAAAAGAACUUUAUUUCUUUAAACUACCUUGCGGGAUACCUACAACCAAAGGCAGCAGAGGGAUGCAUUAUGUCUAGAGUGGCCCAUGAUAAAGAAGUUCAUAUAAUUGAACUUAUUGCACCUGAUUCAAACAGCGCUUUCCAGGUGGAUAUCAUCAUUGACAUCAGACCAUCUCGGCCAGACACCACACUUGUCAGGGAUCUUGUACUUAUCCUCAAGUGCAGAAAGUCUGUCAACUGGGUCAUCAAAUCCCACGACGUGCAGGGGAGGUUGGAAGCCAUUACAUCAAAUGGGGUUGGCUUUGGAAAAGAAACUGAACGCUCUAUGACCAUGAGUAAAACCAUAGUGUUUGAUAUGCCUUCCUCUCAUGAGAAUUUGAUUGCCUGGGCAUAUGAGCAUGGUCACUACCCAGUUACUACGUACACAAAAGCACCCCUUGCUAAUAGAUUUCACCUACAACUCGUGGAUGCAGAAGAAAUGAAUGAUGAAGAAGAAGAAGAAGAUUUUCUUCCACCAGAGCUGAAGGAACUGCUGCAUGGCAUUAAAGCUCCUCCAGCCCCACGCUUGAGUGAAGACAUGCGUUUCAGUUUUCUUCAUGAGAACAACCAAGGCUCCUUCCCAUCAGCUGAUACUGUUGACCCAAUCAUGGCCAGUCAUGGUUUUGAACAGCUUCUUCCAAAAGACCCGGAGCCAGAAGAAGUCCAGGGUAGCGUUGAUGUCGCCAUGUCUGUGAUAUGUAACGAUACGUCCAUGAUGGUAGCGGUAGCAAAAGACUCCCUAGAGGCUAGCGGUUUCUUUGGGACACAGCUCUCUCUGCUGGAUCCUAAUUGCAGAGCUAAAGCAAACAGGACCCAUUUUAUUCUGGAGUCAUCUUUGCAUGAUUGUGGGACCCGACAGAUUCCCAAUGCUUUGGAUAACAUUGUCUAUCUCAACUCUAUUGUUAUCCAGGUAUCACCAUCAACUGAUGCUAGUGGAUGGCUGGUUGAUUAUGAAGACAUGGAAUCAGGGGAUAAUGGUUUCCCUGGGGACACAGAUGAAUCAGAUAUCACCUUUUUUAGCCGGCCUGUAAUUGUUGUGUUCAACUGCACAUUCCAUCAACCCAGAGAUUCAAAGGUUUCUAAGUUUUGGCCACCUGAAAUACAUGUUGGCAAUGCCACCUUCGGAAUGGAACUCUACGAGACGGAGCUUUUUCGGAUUCCAGUCCAAGGAUUCUUCUCUGUCGCAGACAACAGCCAGAUUUUUGUUGAGAUUUCUCUGACAAAGGCUGAGAGAUCCCUGGGCUUUGUAAUCCAAACUUGCUUUAUUUCACCAAAUUCCUAUCCCGACCGAAUGUCAGAAUAUACCAUUAUUGAAAAUGUUUGUCCUAAAGAUGAGUCUGUAAGAUUCUUCAAUACUCCAAAAGCUAAUUUUCCCGUACCCAACACGCAUACUGAUAAAAAGCGGUUUAGCUUCUUAUUCAAAUCCACAUUCAACAGCUCUCUUCUCUUUCUACACUGUGAGGUGACCUUAUGCACGAAAAAAGAAAAAGAUAUUCCAGGAUUAGCUCUGUGUGUCCUUCCAGAUGAAGCUUGUACCUUUCUUAAUGUUGAUAUGAUCUUUGCAAUGAUGCAGAAUAAGAAAACCUUCACCAAACCCCUUGCUGUGUUAACUAAAGUGAGAUCAGAAGAUAAAUCCUCCCACUUGAAUCCUUCUCAAGGAUCAGCGUCUGUUGUGUAUGGCCUGGACACGUUGACAGUUGUGGGAAUUGCCUUUGCAGCUUUUGUGAUAGGCGCCCUGCUGACAGGAGCUUUAUGGUUCAUCUACUCCCGCACAGGCGAACCAGAAGGAAGGCAGCAGGUUCCUACAUCGUCCCCGCCCUCUGAAAACAGCAGUGCAGGCCACAGUAUCGGCAGCACACAAAGCACCCCCUGUUCCAGCAGCAGCAGGGCCUAACACAGGAGGCGGGAUGGAAAUGCAUGUAGCAACUUCAGAGACCAGAGGUUCAGAAACAGCUGUUUGUUGCCUUUCGGUCUAUUGGUUUGGAUUCUUUGGCAAAAAUAAGAAGGCAUUUCCUUCUCUGUUUUUUUUUUUUUUCCGGCUUUUCUCUGGAGAAACACGGUCCUUGAAUCUCCCGCCGCAUGCUAAGGCUACACGUGACGGAGCUACUCUCUUUGUGCAGCUGUGGACUGGCUACAAAGGUCCAGGCAUUCUCAAUGUGAAACACAACUUCCCCCACCCCCACCCCUCUGUAAAUGCUGCUUUGUCUCCAGAGGAUCCCAGAGCCGAGUUUUGCAAAUGUGCAGGAGACACCAGGUGUCGGCAAAGGGAUUUCAGUCUCAUAAGCUGGGGAAGAGGGUUUGGUAUUUUUCUUCUAGUACUUCUUAACCUCCCUCACUCCCCCACCCACUGGGCACAAAGGCAGGGUGGUUUCAAAGGCCACAGACCUCCGAUAGGCAUCGCAGGUCACCAUCGCUGUGUCACUGUGUCAUUGUCGAGCUUGACUUUGGAAAGCCUUUUGCCCCUGGUUGUGCUAUUCUCCAUUUAAGGGAUGUGUAUCCACUGAAGCUUUUGAAAUGAAAGCAGCGUACAGGGGCUAAAAAUACAUGUUGGUUAGAUAUUUGUAAUUACUAUCCUUCCUUCUCAUAUAUCCAAAAGCUUGCUUGAAUACUUAGUGUAGCUGUAAGGGUUGCUGCAUUUUUGCUGCCUUGGUGGGAACUAUCUUCCUCUCCCCCAGAUGGAGCAACUUAGUCUCACCCUUGUAAUCUAAGAUUUCUCUACAAGGCACUCUUUGUAUCCUGCGUGCUUUUCACCUGCUCUUUGGCUUGUGGCGAUCUGCAUUAAGCCAUCCUAUGGUCCUGUCUCGCAGCCUUGCUUCAUGAAAGGCAGGAGGCCACGGACUGGUACCGGUCCGUGGCCUGUUAGGAACUGGGCCACACAGCUGGAGGUGAGCAAGGGAAGCUUCAUCUGUACUUGCAACCUCUGCCCAGUAUUAGCACCAGGGCCUCUACUCCACCUCAGAUCAUCCGGCAUAAGAUUCUCAUAGGUGCGCAAACCCUUCUCUAAACUGCACAUGCGUGGGAUCUAGGUUGCGUGCUCCUCCCCCCACCCCGGUCCGUGGAGAGAUUGUGCUCCACGAAACCGGUCGCUGGGGCCAAAAAGUUUGGAGACUGCUGAGGUGAGAUGAGCUUGCAGAUAUAGCCACCUGCCUACUCACUGCUGUGUUAGACGUGGCUUCGUAGAUGCAUUUCCACUGAGUGAAUCUGCAGAAUUGUCUACGGCUUUUGUGUUGAAUGGGGAAAUCUUAUUUUUUCUGUAAAGGCCACGCCCACCAAUGCAUCCAUAAAGUUAUAUUCUGGAAGAGGGUGAGUAGGUUGUACUAUGAUUGCACUUGGAAGUUCAGGAUGAGGUUAUUUCAUUGGCCAAUUUUGAACUUAGGAAUGCCUGAAUAUACUUCACCAAAGGAAGGAAGACUACAAAAAGUAAAAUGAUUUCCUGAUACAUUUUUUUAGAUAUUUUUACAUUAUUUUCAGAGCCGUCUAUUGUAAGACAUUCAUUUUGAUUGGAUUUGUGGCCUCAAAGCAUCUGGAGAUGUUUGUAGAAUACAUGUGGCCAUGCUUAACACGACUCCUUAAGCAUAUAUUGCUGACUUCUAAAAGUAUAAACUAAUAUUCAAAUUCAAUUCUGUGUCCCAUGAGAAUGUUCUGCAUUAAAAGUAGCUAGCUUUUUUCCCUUUAGGUUAUUGGAAAACACUUAAGGUCAAAUAUUGUGGAUCCAGUUUUCUAUCAUGUUACUUUUUUUCCAUUUGUUUAGUGCUCAGUGGAGACAACUAUUGAAUCAUGCUAUUUGUGACUUAUAGCAACGAUAACAAGAUGUCUCCCAUAAAAGCUUUCUUAUUUUUUUGAUUCCGACUCAUCUCAGUUUCACAAUUGGAAAUGCAUCAAAGUAACACUUGAAAUGGCAUGAAAUUGUAAAAAUAUUAUGUUAUCAUUUUGAGAACUGAAAGCAAAAUCAGCACA